UUGACGCUGACGUUGACUCUCUGCGUCGUGACGCAGACGAUUUGGCGCUUCAGAUUUACAGUUCCGUGAUCCCGCACAGACGGAUCGCUCUUGUGUCGGGUUUAUCACUGUUCCUCUAAAGAGUUCCAUCGAAAUGAUUGUAAAUGGUAACCUACUCGGAGCUAUGAAAUCGGAGGAGAGCGACUCCAGGAACAACACGGUGGAAAUUUCAAUGCUGGACGUCUUGGAGGAUAAAGUCAUGAUGUCACAGACUGUGUCUGAGCUGGCACCAGGACGAGAAGAAUGCAACCCUCCAGAGACUCUGGAAGAUUCUCAAGCUGUCAGCCCUCCAGCUUAUUCACCUGCAACCUGCAACACAGGCCAACCCUCAACCUGCCCCACAACCCAACCCGCAACUUGCCCCACAGCCCAACCCACAAUGUGCCCCUCAACUCAACUCCCAACUGACCCCAAAACUGACACUCUAGUCCAGCAUGCGGACAGCACCCAGACUCCUGAGCCUAAGCCUGAGUGGACAGUGGGAACUCCAUGUCAGGCCGUGUGGUCAGCGGAUGGGAGGCUGUACACAGCCACCAUCCUGUCUCUGGACGGGCAGCGCUGCAGGGUCAGGUUUGAUGGCUACGGCAACGAGGAUGAAGUAGACCUGAGCACCCUCAAACAGCCAGAGGGACAGUUCAAGGGCACUCAGGAGUGGACGGCGGGCACUCCCUGCAGAGCCAGGUACUCUGUGGAUGGGCUCACCUACCCCGCUGUGGUGCUGUGGGUGAGAGGGCAGCGCUGCAGGGUACGCUUCGACUACUACAACAACGAAGAGGAGCUGGAUGUGGACAGCCUACUGAGCCCCAAUGAGCUGCACGGGCCUACACGCUCCAGGAGGGGCGCCACCUGGAGACCAGCAUUUGCAAUUGGAGCCAGGAGAAGUAGAGAGGCUUCUGACAGUGUAGAGAGAGGAGAGAUAAGGGAGAGGGGAGGGCAAGGAGCAAAAGUGGAAAGAGAAGAGAGAGAGAGAGACGGGAGCUGGAAAAACUCACGGGAAACCAAACAGGCCAGAGACAGGACCUCGAGCCAGAACAGGGAGGAGGGAGAGAGACAGGCAGACGAGAAGAAACCUGCAGAUCCACCAGUCUACCCCCUCUUCAGCCCCUUCCCUCCGUUUCCUCCUCCUCCUCAGCACUCUGGGGACGGCCCAGGCUUGGUGCCCCCUCCCCCUUCCUUCUGGGCAUUUGGAGGGAGGGACCCGUGUGCUGGUCUGGACCAAACCUCCCACAUGCUAAUGCUGUGGUACAUGUGUGGCUUUCACACAGGCUCCUACCUGGCCCAGCAGCAGCUCAAGUCCUCCACCAGGGACUGAACAGGGACUGGAUUCAAGACUGGUCCUGAGACCAGAAAACUCUUUGUGUCAUUCUGUUCUUCGUGGACAAAGAUUUAGAAUUCUGACUGUAAAGAAGAUCUGUUUUUGUUACAUUUGUAUUACUUACUAAUUGAAAUCUCAUUUAUUUUAAGUUCCAAAAUAAAUGAAAGUAAC